AACCGAGGCUGGGGAAGAGAGAGGAGUGGGCGGCUGCUGAAAACUGGACCCUCACCCCCGGCCUCUCUGACAUACACGCGCGUCUUCAUGCGGACCCCAAAAUCUUUCCUCCCCCCAUGCCUGGGAGGGACCCGCUAAGAAACACGCGCGCACAUCUAGUGACCUCCAGCGCUCUUUUCCCAGGGGUCCACAUCUGGAAGGGGAAGAUGAGAUUCCCGUUCCUAAUGGCUGUCCUUACGCUGUCCCUUUUACAAGCGUCCUCGGCUUCCAAGGUGAGGCGUCAGGAGGACGUCUGGGGCAGCUGGGGCGAGUGGAGCGGGUGUAGUCGGACGUGUGGCGGGGGCGUGAGCUUCCGGGAGCGGCCCUGCCACUUGCUGAGGACAGAUGGCGGCUCGAGCUGUGUGGGACCCACCCGGGAUCACCGCUCGUGCAAUGUUGAGAGCUGCCCUAUGGGCUCUCGGGACUUCCGGGCAGAGCAGUGCUCCCAGUUUGAUGGCAAGGAAUUCCAGGGGAAGAUGUAUCAGUGGCUUCCUUAUUACGGAGCUCCCAACAAGUGUGAACUCAACUGCAUCCCCAAGGGAGAGAACUUCUACUACAAGCACAAGGAGGCCGUGAUCGAUGGCACCCCCUGCCAGCCUGGCACUCGAGACAUCUGCGUCCAGGGCACCUGCCAGGCCGUGGGCUGCGACCACCUGCUGGGCUCGUCCAAGGAGGAGGACAAGUGUCUGCAGUGCGGAGGGCACGGACAGGCCUGCUACCGUGUCUGGGGCACAUUCAGCGUCCCCCACCUCACCCCAGGCUACAACCAGAUCGUCGUCAUUCCCGCCGGGGCCACCAGCAUCGAGAUCGCGGAGGCCUCGGCCAGCAGGAACUUCCUGGCGGUGAAGAACGCGAGGGAGCGGUACUACGUCAACGGCCACUGGACCAUCGAGCCGGGCGGCGGGGGGGCCCUGGCCGUGGCGGACACCCUGCUGCACUACGAGCGGGGGGCCGAGGGCGACGCCGCCCCGGAGCGGCUCUGGGCCCGCGGACCCACCUCCGAGCCCCUGGUCGUCGAGCUCAUCUCUCAGGAAGCCAACCCCGGGGUGCGCUACCAGUUCUACGUCCCCCUGGGCGGGCCCCGGCCCGGGCCCGGCUGGAGUCACGGCUCCUGGAGUCGCUGCAGUGUCUCCUGCGGAGGAGGACACCAGACGCGCUCGGUUUUCUGCACCAGCGACGGCACGGCUUCCCCGGACCACCUGUGCCACGCCAGCCCCCGGCCGGCCAACAGCCGCCCCUGCGCCCUCCACCCCUGCCCCUGGACCAGGCGGUGGCAGGUGGGCCCCUGGGGUCCCUGCUCGGCCCCGUGCGGAGGAGGCACGCAGGCUCGCUCCGUCCACUGCGCCGCGCUGGACGGGGAGGGGGGCCGAGAAGCCACCGAGGAAGCGGAGUGCGAGGCCCUGGGUGGCCGGCCCCCGGCCGCUCGGGCCUGUAACCUGAGGCCCUGUUCCUUCUGGACCGCCGGACCCUGGGGCCAGUGCUCGGCCAGCUGCGGCCCCGGCGUCCAGAGUCGCACGGUCAGCUGCCAGGGUAGCGGAAACUCCCCUCUCCCGGACGCCUCCUGCUCGGGGGGAGAGAAGCCGCCCCCGACCCGGGCCUGCGCCGGGGACCGCUGUCUGCCCGCCGACGUCAGCUGGGACGGCGGAGACCGGGGACGGGAGGCCGAGCAGAGUCCACCUGGAGGGUGCCGGACCUCCCGCUACGGCUGCUGCCCCGACGAGGCCACGGCCGCCACGGGGCCCGAGGGAGAAGGGUGCGAGGGCAGGCCCGACUGGCCCUACCCGGCGGGCUGCCUGCUGCCCGGUGCCCUGGGCCCCUGCCCGCACUGGACGCCGCGCUGGUACUUCGUCGCCGCCGUGGCCAGAUGCAACCGCUUCUGGUACGGGGGCUGCCAUGGCAACCGCAACAACUUCGCCUCGGAGGAGGAGUGCGAGAGGACCUGCCGCCGGGAGGCCGGGGGCAGCGGGCCCGGCCCCACCGAGGCCGGAGCGGGCACCCCCUCCGACGGGUUCCCCCAGGCGGGGCCGGAGCUCCCCACUGUCCGGGCGGCCUUGGGGCAGCUGGUCCGCCUCCCCUGCGGGGUCGGCACCUCCCCGGGCCCCGCCGGGGCCUGGCACAAGGACGGCAGGCGGGUCUCCUCGGACAGGCACCACCCGCAGCCCGACGGCUCACUGGCGAUCAGCCCUCUGACGGAAGAGGACGCCGGCCUGUACACCUGCGGCGGCGGGCACGUGCGCCUCCAAAUUGCAGGGGACGACAGAACGGCGCUGACGGAGGCGGAGAGGAGGCGGCUGGCCACCUCCGGGCCCGGCCCCGGCCCCAGGCUGCUCUUGGACCGGACGGAGCCGUGGGUGGUGGAGAGCAGCGUGGGGCACAGCGUGCGGCUGCCCUGCCGCGCCCGCGCCUCGCCGCCCCCCGUCAUCCAGUGGAAGAAAGAUGGACAGGGCCUCGUCUCCCCACGGCACCGGCAGCAGGCCGACGGGUCCCUGGUGAUCGGCGGGGUCCAGGCCGAGGACGGGGGUUUCUACACCUGCAUCGCUGCCACCAAACACCACCGUGACCAGCGCUGGGUCCAGCUCAGAGUCCUGGGGGAGUUGGCGAUCAGCGGGCUGCCACCCAGCGUGGCCGUGCCAGAGGGAGACGACAUCCGGCUGCAGUGCGUGGUCACGGGAGAAGCGGUGAACGUCAGUUGGUCCAGGAACGGGGUCCCGCUGCGCGGGGACGGCCGGCGCGUCCACCUGUCUCCCGAGGGCGUCCUGCUGGUGCGCGGCAGCCGGCCCGGGGACGGGGGCUCCUACACGUGCAGCGCCUACCGCGGGAGCCGGGCGGUCAGCGGCCGGACGGAGGUGGCGGUGGUGCGGCCGGGGCCCGAGGAGCCGGGCCGGGACUGCGCGGACCACCCGGAGCUGGCCAACUGCGACCUGAUCCUGCGGGCCCAGCUGUGCGGCGUCCAGUACUACGCCAGCUUCUGCUGCGCCAGCUGCUCGGGCGGCCCGGCGCGGCUCCGGCCCGUGUGGCGGCCGGCCUGACCGGCCGCGCGCCUGGGGUCCCGCGCCGGACUCCCCUCAUCACCGGCAAUCGUAUUUACCGGGCGCUUACCGUGGGCGGAGCACUGGA